AUGGAAUCGGUCUAUCCCGACCGCGAGCAGCCCGAGAACCACAUUGCGCGACUGGACGGUGACACCCGCGCGGUCCCCUCGACACCAUCGUAUGGGAUCGACUCCCCACUGGGCCUGCUCGCGUCCUCGAUUCUUGCGCCACUGUACGUCUAUGCCUCGCGGAAGGGCAAGUUCGAGGUCUGGGAUCGACUGCUCGACGAGCUCCCCAGUGAGAUUCUCACGGCACCUGCACUCGACAUUGGCUGUGGCCGCGGGCUUGUGCUGUUGAAAAUCGCCCAGAGGAAGAAGAAGCUCCAAGCCACCGUCCCGCCCGUCUAUGGUGUCGAUCUAUUCAUCACCGGUGACCAGAGCGGCAAUGCGCCCGAGGCAACCUACGACAAUGCCGCGAGUCUCCAGCUCACCGAUUAUACUGUUCUGCAUACUGCCGACUUUACUCGAUUACCCUUCCGGGACGGAGUGAUGUCUCUGAUCACGGCGAGUUUGUCGAUCCACAAUGCCGACAAAGCAUCGCGAGAACAGGCGAUGCAUGAGGCAGCCCGAGUGCUUCGGCCCGGGGGGUUUUUGGUGAUUCUCGAGCUGGGAGGAUACAUUGCGCAAUACAGAAAGGUUCUGGAGUCGGCCGGGUGGAGUGAGAUCGAAACGUCCUGGGCGGGACUGCAAGUGAUGUUUGGGGCGUGGCCAUGUCAGAUCUUGAAGGCUCGAAAGCCAGGCCCCGAUCGUAGUUCAGGACAGUAG